CCCUGUUGUCGUCUUGGUGUGAGGAGCUGGGGCGUCUCCUCCUCCUCCGUCAUCAGAAGAACAGGCAGAACGAACCUCCCCAGGGGAAGAUCCCCAUGCAGCUCCCCAUGAACUCCAUGAAGCCCUCCCUCUCACACAGUGAUGAGUCUUUUCCCUACGACUCAGUACCAUGGCAACAGAACACCAACCAGCUGCCAGGUUCUCUCUCCGUGGUAACCACCGUCUGGGGUGUCACCAACACCUCGCAGAGUCAGGUGUUGGCGAACCACAUGGCCAACGGCGGUAACCCCAUGAACCCUGGUGGAAGUCAUCCCAUGGGUCAGGGGGGUGUGUCUGGGAACAACCAGGGGAUGAACUCCCCCCAGUACCCGGGACAGCAGCAGCAGUUCCCCAACAAGGGCCAGCAGAACCAGCAGAACCAGAACCAGGCCUACAUGCAGCAGGGCCUGUACGGACGCCAGGGCUACCAUGAGGGAGGAGGUGGCUUUGGGGGGAAUUACCCUGGAGGUCUUAACUCUGGUCCCGGUGGCAUGGGCAUGCCCCCCGACUCCCGCCCCCCUGGUGAAUUCACCCAACCCGCUGCUGCCGCUGCCGCCGCCGCUGUCGCCGCCGCUGCUGCCACGGCGACCGCCACUGCCACGGCAACCGUUGCCGCCAUGCGGCAGGACACACAGAACAAGGACAUGAACCAAUAUGGACCGAUUAGUUCGUCGUUCCAGAUGGGGCCCAACCAGGCGUACCAGAACCAGUUCAUGAACCAGGGGCCAGGGGGGCCCCGAGGCCCUCCAUCCCUCCCAGGGAACAUGGGCCCCGGCCCCGGCCCUGGCAUGAACCUCUCCCACAUGGGAAUGAACCAGCCCCGGGCCCAGGGGAUGGGGCCCUUUGGGAGCCACGGGGGCCAAAGGAUGCUCCAGCAGGGAUACCCGGGACCGAGGCCUCAGGGAAUGGGCAUCCAGGGUAUGAAGAGACCCUAUCCUGGAGAGCCUAACUACGGAGGGCAGCAGUACGGUCCAGGACCAAACAGUCAGGGGUUCCCCCAGCAGCAGAGCCAGUACCCCACCCACACCCCCAACCCCUCCAGGCCACUCCCGUCCCCCAACUACCCAGGCCAGAGGAUGCCUGGUGGGCAGCAGAUCCAGGGCCAGUACCCCCCUCCUGGAGGGGCCAUGGGACAGUACUACAAGCAAGAGCAUUUCAACGGUCAAAGUAACACCUUUUCUGGGAGUGGAUAUCAGUACAGCCAAGGCAAUAUGAACGGGCCUCCUCGACCGGUGGGUAACUACCCUCACUCCCCCGUGCUUGGCAACCCGACUCCGCCCAUGACCCCAGGAAGUAGUAUCCCUCCAUACCUGUCUCCCAAUCAGGACGUCAAGCCCCCCUUCCCUCCAGACAUCAAACCAAAUAUCAUCGCUCUUCCUCCACUUCCAGCCAACCCCAAUGAGGAGCUACGUCUGACCUUCCCGGUGAGGGAUGGAGUGGUUCUAGAGCCCUUCAGACUGGAGCACAACCUGGCCGUCAGCAAUCAUGUCUUCCAUCUCCGACCCUCUGUACACCAGACCCUCAUGUGGCGGUCAGAUCUGGAGCUGCAGUUUAAAUGCUACCAUCACGAGGACCGACAGAUGAACACCAACUGGCCCGCCUCGGUCCAGGUCAGCGUGAACGCCACUCCCCUCACCAUCGAGCGCGGCGACAACAAGACGUCCCACAAGCCCCUGCACCUGAAACACAUCUGCCAACCAGGAAGGAACACCAUCCAGAUCACAGUCACCGCCUGCUGCUGUUCUCACCUGUUUGUACUGCAGCUGGUCCACAGACCCUCUGUACGCUCCGUCCUGCAAGGCUUACUGAAGAAGAGGCUACUGCCAGCAGAGCACUGCAUCACCAAAGUUAAGAGAAACUUCAGCAGCGUAACGGCGUCCUCUGGGAACACCGCUCUGAACGGAGAGGACGGCGUUGAGCAGACGGCCAUCAAGGUCUCCCUCAAAUGUCCAAUCACCUUCCGGCGGAUCCAGCUUCCAGCGAGAGGCCACGACUGCAAACAUGUCCAGUGCUUUGAUUUGGAAUCGUACUUACAAUUGAACUGUGAGCGCGGAACGUGGCGAUGUCCAGUAUGCAAUAAGACAGCGUUAUUAGAGGGACUAGAAGUUGACCAGUACAUGUGGGGGAUCCUGAACGCCAUCCAAAACUCGGAGUUUGAGGAGGUCACCAUGGACCCUUCGUGUAGUUGGAGGCCGGUGGCCAUCAAGUCUGAUAUCCACAUCAAGGAGGACCCAGAUGGACCCAUGGCCAAGAGGUUCAAGACCAUGAGCCCCUCCCAGAUGACCAUGCCCAACGUCAUGGAUAUGAUCGCCCAGCUCGGCCCCGGGCCCUCGCCCUACCCGACCCAACAGGGGGGCAACAACAGGGAAUACAUCAGCCAAGGCAACAGUUACCAGGGCCACGGCGGGGGCUUUGACUUCCCCCAUGGGAACCCCGGUGGUACGACCAUGAACGACUUCCUGCACGGCCCCGCGCUGUCCCACCAGCCAGAGAUGCCCACCAGCCUCGUGGCCCAGGACAAACCCCUCUCACGCGGCAUACCCGACCCAAUAACUCAUCCUGCCAGAACUGACCAGUCCCACGGCCCGUUGCAACAGAGCUUACACGCCCCCUCUCACCCCGGCGGCCACUUGGGACAGCCGUUGCAUCACAGUGGGCCUCCUCAGCCCUCGCGACAACAGGCUCCGCCCCCACAGCAACAGCAUCCCGGCCCUAACGACCGCCUGCAGCAGUGCGACCCCUUCAACCCAUCAGACAGCUUAUUGAGCCAGGGCGGAGGGCAGGCGCUCCCAGAUAUGCCCCAACCUUCCUUGGAUCUCCUUCCAGACCUGGCUAACCCAGAUGACUUGUUGUCUUACCUGGACCCUCCAGACCUCCCGAGCAGUAGCAACGAUGACCUUCUCUCUCUCUUUGAAAACAACUGACUGAUUCUAGAUCAGCUCAUGAACACAAACACUUAUAGGACUGCCUGGAGUUGGCCUAUAACCUCUGACCUGAGAGUGAGACAGUGACCUUUGCUCCAGUACUUGACAAACACAAAGAUGCACUCCUUUACUCCUCUUCCUCUUGUACAGUAUUCAUUGAUUCUCCAGCAGACUGACUGGCUGACUGACCGACAGACUGAUUGACUGGCUGGCUGA